UUAUAUUUGUCAUAUCUUCCUUCCAGCAUCAAGAUUUGAUUAACAAGUAUGAAUUAAUACAUAAAGAAAUCAUUUUUAUGUAUAAAGAUUUGAUUUUGAGGUAGUUUGGACUUUAGCUGUUGACUAUUUGUUGUUUAAAUUGACUCUUGGAAAUAAGUUUGAUGAGCAAGUUUAAAUAACGUGCGAAAAAUCAUUUGUAUGUGUAGAUAUUUGAUUUUGAGAUGUUUGGCUGCUGACCCCAUUUGUAGUUUGAAUUGAUUCUUGACCUUAAAUUUUGAUGAACUACUAUGAAUUAAUAUAGAAAAGAAUCAUUUUUAUGUGUAAAGAUUUGACUUUGAGGUUUUUGGUCCUUGACCCAUUUGCAGUUUGAAUUGGUUCUUGGAAUUAAUUCAUAAAUACAAGUAUGAACUGAUGUAUAGGGAAAUCAUUUUUAUGUGUAAAGAUUUGAUUUUGAGGUGUUUGGCUGUUGACAUUUGCAAUUUGAAUUGAUUCUGGCGUUAAAUUUGAUGAACACGUAUCGAUUGCUAUAUAUAAAGAAAUCGUCUUUAUGCGUAAAGAUUCGAUUUUUAGGUGUUUUAUAGUUGACCCAUCUUCAGUUUGAAUUGAUUCUUGGGUUUGAGAAUGGAGGAGGGUGUUCCGAGUCAAAGUGGGGAAGAACCCACAUCAUGGGAUGAGCUUUACAAUGUCAAUCUGAUGCCUUCAGAGAUUUUUGUCAAGUUUAGAAAAGAAAUAGAAGGUUAUCGAGUUGGUGUUAACUUGGAGUUUUACAACGCUCCAUACAAUGAGUAUCUGGCUAAGCUGGUUUUAAAGCCUUUAGCCCCUGAUCGGAAAUGGAAGUUCAUAUAUGAGCCGUUGCGUCAUGAAGUGCGCCUUCUUUCCAAGAAGAUCCCAGUGACAAAAUUUCUGAAUCUUCAGGUUGGUGUAGGCCAUAGCUUUCAGUUGCAUGCAACUGGUUGGAAAUGGAAGCUCAAUACUUGUUUCGGUGGAGAUGGUCUCUCCAGCAUCCGGAAUAAAACAUCACUUGGAUUAUGUCCCGGUGUGGAUUUCCGUUUUGGAUGGAAAGCAGAUUAUGUACUUCCAGAAGUUACUGGGGCUUUAGGCACUGGUGAACCAUUGUUCAAUAUGAAUUCUGGACGAUUACAGGCGUCACUGGAUAGAGUGGAGGCCAUCUUUUCCCAAUAAGCACAUUCAGUACUUGGUAUCGUCCCUGCUUAUACCUUCUAAACCUGUUGAAUUUGGUGGUCGCUCAAUCUCCCUUUUGUACGUUCAUAAAUCAUUCUUCUUGAUCGUUGAUUUGUCUGCACAUUUAUGAUUUGGCGAUUUGCGUUGACUCAUCUUACUUUGCACGCAAACCAUUCAUCUUCCAAGGAAAACAUGAAUCACCCAGAGAUCUCAUUUAUGGAGUUUUAGAGACCUCAAGGACUAAUCAUUGUCAGCUAAGUUGGUAGUUAUUUUCUGUUUUAAUUUUGUUUAUGUCGUGUUAUGUUACUUUUUUUUGGAUAACCUUCUGUCAGUGUUAUGUUACUUUUAUGUUCCUCUCCUCGUAAGCAACACUUUUCUGAUGUAACUUCUUGUUUGUGCUUUUUUUGGGGAUGGGGGGAAGAAUAAACACCAGUGUGUUCUGGACUGAAUGUUCUGUUAAGAGUUGGCAAGGCAAAAGCUCUCUUAAUUGUCUCCUUUCUACAGUAUUGAUCCUUUAAUUGUUUGUCUUGACUUGGUUGAUUGUCGCAUUUGUAACAUAAAUCACUUCCAUUAUUACCGAACUUCUGUGUAAGAUCGGAAGACUGUUAUGGAAAUUGUAAGAGGAUUUACUGCCACUUUUUUAGACCUUUAGGAGACCAGUUUUUCCAACUUUAUGUGGUGUACAAGUUUUUCCAACUUUAUGUGGUGUACUAGAUAAUGGCUCUAAAAACUAGUUAAAAGUAGCAGCAGUAGUAGUAGAGCACUGUUUUGAUAGAACAUUGAAUACCAUUGGGUGCAUAAUUUGAACUUAAUUGGUUGAGUCUUCAAAAUUGAUCCACACGAUACCUUAUCUCACCAAGGAGUUUUGAUUUGAGCAUGCAGGGAAAAGUAGAGAGCUCGUAAAAUGGAGAUAUGAUCACAGUGGGUUGUAGAGCCAAGAUUGUACAUCAUAACGGGUGGUCUUUGAGAGAUAUGUAUUGUAAAAUGGUUGAAAGCUUGAUUUAUCUCGAGUUCUAUACUGUAAAUUAGUAUACUCUACCUUUGCUUAAUUUUUUUGAUGUAAGCAUAGGUGGAUGCUAUCAUCAGGCUCUAUCUUGGAAACACAUUGAAUGUAAAAUAAAUGUUGAAGAAAUCUUAAUCAAAACAAUGGCAAUUCCUUAAA